CCCUUGGGGCCCUGUCCUCCCCAGUCUUGCCCCAGCCUCGGGAGGUGGUGGAGUGACCUGGCCCCAGCGCUGUGUCCUUAUCAGCUGAGCCGGUCCCAGCUCCUGCCUGUUUGCCUGGAAAUGGCCGUGCUGCUCCUCCUCCUUGGGGUGCUUGUGAUAAGCCCAGAGGCUCUGGGGGACACGACAGCUGUGCAGACACCCAUGCCCAGCGAGACUUCUGGUCCUUUGGUCUCUACUAGCAAAUACCUGAGCAUCGACUCAGAGACGUACACCGCUUCAAUAACAAGUGACCCUAAGGCCGACAGCACUGGGGACCAGACCUCAGCCCUACCUCCCUCAACUUCUGUCAAUGAGGGAUCCCCUCUUGGGACUUCCCUUGGUGCCAGCACUGGUUCCCCCUUACCUGAGCCAACAACCUUACAGAAUGUUUCCUUCAAGAUGUCAUCAAUGCCCCAGGAAAACCCUCAUGCAACCAGUCAUCCUGCUGUUCCCGUAACAGCAAACUCUCUAGGAUCCCACACCAUGACAGGUGGAACCAUGACAACGAACUCUCCAGAAACCUCCAGUAGGACCAGUGGAGCCCCUGUUACCGUGGCAGCUAGCUCUCAGGAGACCUCCAAAGGCACCUCUGGAUCCCCUCUUACCAUGGCAACUAUCUCUCUGGAGUCCUCCAAUGGCACCUCUGGACCCCCUGUUACCAUAGCAGCUGGCUCUCUGGAGACCUCCACUGGGACCACUGGACCCCCUGUUACCAUGACAACUGGCUCUCUGGAGCCCUCCAAUGUGACCACUGGACCCCCUGUUACCAUGACAACUGGCUCUCUGGAGCCCUCCAGUGGGGCCAGUGGACCCCAGGUCUCUAGUGUAAAACUAUCCACGAUGAUGACUCCAAUGACCUCCACCAACCCAAGCACUGUGCCCUUUCGGAACCCAGAUGAGAACUCAGGAGGCAUGCUGCCAGUGGCCGUGCUUGUGGCCCUGCUGGUGGUCAUAGUCCUCGUGGCUCUGCUCCUGCUGUGGCGCCGGCGGCAGAAACGGCGGACAGGGGCCCUGGUGUUGAGCAGAGGCGGCAAGCGUAACGGGGUGAUGGACGCCUGGGCUGGGCCAGCCCAGGUCCCUGAGGAGGGGACCGUGACAGUGACCGUGGGAGGGUCCGGGGGCGACAAGGGCUCUGGGGUCCCCGACGGGGAGGGGUCUGGCCGGCGGCCCACGCUCACCACUUUCUUUGGCAGACGGAAGUCUCGCCAGGGCUCCCUGGCGAUGGAGGAGCUGAAGUCUGGGUCAGGCUCCAACCUCAAAGGGGAGGAGGAGCCGCUGGUGGCCAGCGAGGAUGGGGCUCUGGAUGCCCCCGCUCCUGAUGAGCCUGAAGCGGGAGACAGGGCUGCCCCUUAAGUGCUGGCGAAUAGUAAGGCUGGAGGCCGGAAUCUCAGCCAGCCUCCAGCACCUUCCCUCUCACCAUCACACUGCCCCCUCACUCCCACAUUUCCACCUGGCAUCCUGAUCCUCACCCGAAUCUCUCCCUCUCUCUCUCUUUUUUUUUUUUUUUUUUUUUUUUGAGGCAGAGUUUCGCUUUGUUGCCCAGGCUGGAGUGCAAUGGCAUGAUCUCAGCUCACUGCAACAUCUGCCUCCUAAGUUCAAGAGAUUCUCCUGCCUCAGCCUCCCGAGUAACUGAGAUUACAGGCGCCCACCACCACCCCCAGCUGCUUUUUUGUGUUUUUGGUAGAGACGGAGUUUCACCAUGUUGGCCAGGAUGGUCUCAAACUCCUGACCUCAGGUGAUCCACCUGCCUCGGCCUCCCAAAGUGCUGGGAUUACAGACGUGAGCCACCGCGCCCUGCCUCCUCACCCGCCUCUUCACUCUGAAUCCUCAUCAGGCCUCUCAGCCCUGGAUUUCCUGCUGGCAUCCUCACCCAGCACCUGCAACCAGCACCUGGGCAGGGCAAGGCCGGCACCUCUCAACGUCUGUGGACUGAAUUAAUAAACCCUCUUCAUCCACCCCUA